AUGACAUCCUCUAGCUUGUCAGUGGAUGAGCUAUUUCAACACCUGAGAGAAGUUGAAAACGAUGUGCCAGAAAAGUUCGAGGACUUGACUACCAGAGCAGCCACUGACUGCUCGCCAGCAGCUUCAGAUAGCAAAGAGGUGAUUGAAAGGUUCCUCCAACCGUCUGAUAUUCUGCCUUGGAAUCUUCUCGAUCUUAUCCAGACUGUACCCGAACAGAACUUCAUGGGGGAUAACACCUCGUCGAAGAGCGCUGAUUACGAUUACAAGGAAUUUUUGCAGAUUCCUGAUUUCAGCAAGAGGACAGCUUACCACUUCAAGCGGAAAGGCAUUGUGGGUAAAAUCAACGCUUAUAAAGAAUCUGUGAAGCUAGAUGAAGUUGCCAACGCUAAUGCCUCGAACUCUUUAUCAAUUUCCAGAAAAGUAAACACUGACGGAAAUGUUAUAAGAGGCUCAACUGGUCAAUUGCCUUUUGCUCCCGGUGGUUUGACUAUGUCGGCUUUGAGCCAUGGUUCUGACGUUUCGGCGAUGACUUCUGCCGUAAAACUCCUACACAGGGACGAGCAAGGUUUGUUUGACGUACCCCAGGGCUUGGAACGCGGUAUUAUUCCACAAGACAUUCCUGCUUCCAGUGAAGCCGAUCAGUUUGAUGAAUUUAACGAAUUAAAUGAACUUGACAAUGAACUAGAGAAUAUACAAGAGCUUGCAGACCACCGCCAAAGGGAUGAGGAGUUACUGGAACAAGAAGUCUCCACACAGAUAUUAACCCAAAAACAACAACCUUCGAAUCCAGAUUUGGCAAUUGAUGAUCUACUUCCCAUAGGAAUAGACUUCGGACGUACUAUUCGUAAGACCAAGGAAGAAAUUGGACGAAAGGAAUGGGCCCAUGUUGUCGACUUGAACCACAAGAUCGACAAUUUCGAUGAGCUCGUGCCAAGUCCUGCCCGAACCUGGCCAUUCGAAUUAGAUGUCUUCCAAAAGGAAGCUGUUUAUCAUCUGGAACAGGGUGACUCGGUUUUUGUUGCCGCUCAUACUUCGGCUGGUAAAACUGUCGUGGCUGAAUACGCCAUCGCGAUGGCCAAAAGAAACAUGACCAAAACCAUCUACACGUCUCCCAUUAAGGCCUUGUCUAAUCAAAAGUUUAGAGAUUUCAAGGAGAACUUUGAAGACGUUGAUGUAGGAUUGAUCACAGGAGACGUCCAAAUCAACCCGGAGGCCAAUUGCCUUAUUAUGACAACCGAGAUUUUGAGAUCCAUGCUUUAUCGUGGUGCCGAUUUAAUCAGGGAUGUAGAGUUCGUGAUUUUUGAUGAAGUGCACUACGUGAACGAUCAAGAUCGUGGUGUUGUAUGGGAGGAAGUGAUUAUCAUGCUGCCUCAACAUGUUAAAUUCAUUUUAUUGUCAGCGACAGUGCCCAACACAUAUGAGUUCGCAAAUUGGAUUGGAAGAACCAAGCAGAAAAACAUCUACGUGAUCUCCACUCCUAAGCGGCCUGUUCCACUUGAAAUUAACGUUUGGGCAAAAGAAAAACUACUGCCAGUGGUCAGUGAGAAGAGAGAGUUUUUGGAGGCCAAUUUCAAGCUCCACAAAGAAAUUGUGAGUGGGAAGAGUUCCACCUUGGCAAAGAAGGAGGUUGCUAACCCGGGUCGUGGCCGUGGAGGUGCUGGGCGGGGUGGUGCUUUAGUUCGAGGGCGUGGUGGUUCUAGAGGAGCAGGUGCUGUAGGGUCGAACAGAAGUGAUUUUUUCAAAAGAAGCGGCCCCAAUAAAAAAACCUGGUCGAAUUUGGUCAACUAUCUUAAAUCUAAAGACCUACUACCAGCCGUUAUAUUUGUUUUCAGCAAAAAGCGCUGUGAAGAUUACGCAGACUGGCUAGAUGGCGUCAACUUCUGUGCGAGCAAAGAAAGGUCACAAAUCCAUAUGUUCAUUGACAAGUCUGUAACAAGGUUAAAAAAGGAAGAUAGAGAUCUUCCUCAAAUUGUGAAGAUGAAGUCAUUGCUUGAAAGAGGUAUUGCUGUACAUCAUGGUGGUCUUUUGCCCAUUGUAAAAGAGCUUAUUGAGCUGCUCUUUGCCAAGGGGCUGAUAAGGGUACUGUUUGCUACUGAAACGUUCGCUAUGGGCUUAAAUUUGCCCACCAGAACGGUUGUCUUCAGUGAGAUUCAGAAACAUGACGGAAAUAAUCUGAGAAACUUAAAUCCUGGUGAAUUUACCCAGAUGGCGGGAAGAGCGGGGCGUAGAGGUUUAGACAAGACAGGUACCGUCAUUGUGAUGGCUUACACAUCACCACUCGAACAGGCCUCCUUUAAGGAAGUUGCUCUAGGGGUUCCAACAAGAUUGCAAUCUCAGUUCAGAUUGACUUACAACAUGAUUCUUAAUCUCUUGAGGAUUGAGGCUCUACGCGUGGAGGAAAUGAUAAAGUAUUCCUUCAGCGAAAACAGUAAGCAGACUUUAUUGCCGGAGCAGGAAAAGGAAAUUCAAAACUUACAAACUCAAUUGGAAAGCAUCCAGUUUUACGACGAUUCCAAUCAAGAGGAAUUAGACAAGGUGCUUGACGCCACCAUAAGGUACAAGGAGUGCACAAAAGACAUGAUGAAUGAGCUUGCUAGUGGAAGCAGCGUGUUCCGUAUCCUUAAUGUGGGUCGUCUUAUCUUAUUCCGAGACGAAAAUGAUUGCGCUAAGCUAGGUUUUGUGUUCAGAAAUUUACCCAAAGAGGGUCAGGUCGUUGUCAUGACGGUUACUAAACCCAAUACCCUUGACAAUGGUCAACCUAAUCAUCUGCCUUACUUAUCCACAGUCACAGAUUUUGUACCAAAAAACUUCAAGAAAUUUGAGAAGACAGAUUACUACAUGGAAAACAUCGUCAUUGAAAGCAUUGAACUAAUCAGUGCAUUCACGCUUGAUGUUUCUAUGACGGAUAUAAUGAAACAGGAACCGGAAGUUUUAGAGAAGUUCAACGGUGAGGUGUCUCUUAUUUUGCGAAUCUCGCGCAAACUGAAGGAAACCAAAUAUGAAAAGAAGGCCAGUUUGAAAGUUCAUCAAGCUGUUCUGGAUCGGGAAAAGAUAAAGACGGAGCUAGCUUCUUAUAGCUGUCUGAGGUCUCCAAAUUUUGCCACGCACUUUUUACCAAAGUACAGGGAAUUUGAGGUCCAGAAAAAGAUUAAGGCUUUGUACCAUUUAAUGUCCGAGCAAAACUUGUCUUUACUUCCUGACUACGAACAGCGCCUUUCCGUCUUAAAAGAUGCUGGAUUUAUUGAUCAAAGUCACAACGUUCUACUUAAGGGACGAGUGGCAUGCGAGAUCAAUUCCGGCUACGAACUGGUGCUAACUGAAUUGAUCUUGGACAAUUUCUUGGGAGAUUUUGAACCGGAGGAAAUUGUAGCUUUGCUUUCAGUUUUUGUCUAUGAAGGAAGGACUAGAGAAGAAGAACCAGCGAUUAUCACUCCUCGCCUCACAAAAGGUAAAGCUAGAAUACAGGAGAUUUAUCAGACCAUGCUUAAUGUGUAUGAAAAGCAUCAGGUCCCUCUAACUAAGGAUGAAGCAGAAUUCCUGGAGAAGAAGCGGUUUGCGCUAAUGAACGUGGUGUACGAAUGGGCAAGAGGCCUCUCGUUCAAAGAAAUCAUGGAGAUGAGCGUCGAGUCUGAAGGAACAAUCGUGAGGGUAAUAACAAGGCUUGACGAAAUCUGUCGGGAAGUGAAGACUGCAUCCAUCAUUAUUGGGAACUCGACAUUACACAUGAAGAUGUCACAGGCCCAAGAGGCGAUCAAAAGGGACAUUGUAUUUGCCGCCAGUUUGUACUUGUGA